AUGUCUGCUGCAGUCGCCCCAUCGUCAGCUCAAAGUCUGGCUAAAGAAUCUCUUUCUCUCUACAGAAACCUUCUGAGACAGGGCUCUCGUUUGGCUGCAUACAACUUCCGCGAGUAUGCGCUACGACGGACUCGCGAUGCCUUCCGUGCCAACAAGGCCAUUGACGAUCUUCGCGAAACACAAGUUUUGAUCCAGAAGGGCCACAAGGAACUUGCUGUUCUUAAACGUCAAGCUAUCAUUUCACAAAUGUAUGCGGCCCAGAAACUGGUUGUGGAGGAAUAUGCACCAAAGAACCCAAUCAUUGCCAGUUACGAGAAGUUCCCUAUCCAGCCUGAAAGCCCCCGACUACCAAAAAUUGAUAAUCAAUAA